GCCCCUCUUUGCGUAUCCGAAGGGGCUGCUGCUCAAGUUCUAGCUGCACUUCAGCCCGACGCUGUUGGUCUACGGGCACCCGGUGCAGCACGGGGCAGGUCGUGCAGAGGAUCUCCUGGUGGGUUUCCUGCUGGGCCUGGCCAAGCUGGCCAUCCACGGGACGCGGUGGCGGGCGUUCGAGGGUUCCGGCCGGUCGGCCUGCCUGCCCGUCUUCCAUGCUUACGUGCGCGCGUGGGUGUUUUUGGACCGGGAGCACGCGGUCUCCGCGGGCACCCUGGUUGAGUUCCGCUCUGGGUGGGCCCUCAGGGGAUCGCCUGUGUCAUGGACAGUACCAAUGCCAUUCUUAUUUGAAGUGUUGGGUGUUGCUUUAGCAGGAGUAGUGCUGCGUGUGUGUGUCGUUAGUAUUAGUCUGCGUUCUCUACUGUAGUAUGUCGUGGCUUAGUUUCUUCUUUUCUGUAUUCGACGUCGUGUAUUGACACUGGUUGUCCGUCUGCAGUGCUUUUAGCGAAUAAACGUUUAUAUCAAGAAAAGGGCAGUAAUUGAGGAAUCGUCGCGCUGUGGGAGGGCGGAGCCGGUGUUUCCGCUCGGGUUGCCGGAGCCGGAGCCGGAGCCGGAGCCGCGGAGAUGGAGCGGGACCCGGGCGGCGAGAAGGGGCACCAGGUGCCCGGGACGGGACCGGCGGGCCGAAUUCCUGCUCUUCAGCGGCUGCGGAGACACCGUGUGGAGCUGGUGGACGAGCUGCCAGAGCGAGUGGAUUGGAUCCUGGACCGAGCCCUGCAGAUGGACCUGAUCACCAAGGAUGACUACGAAGAUGUGAAGUACGUGCCCGGCCCCCGCAGGAGAGUCCGUGCCCUGCUGGACAUCAUUGACUGCCGUGGGGACCUGGUGGCCGAUGCCUUCAGCUCUCUCUUUUCCAAAUCCGGAGGUGUUGCUGACACAGAUACUGGGUCAGGCGAGUACGGCACCCUGGUGAAGAAGCACAGACAGGUUCUGCUGCGGAGGAACCAGUCAAUGAUGCCCUACAACUCGAGGGUGGGAGAGAAGGUUCACCUGCUCGACCUGUUCACUGACCUACUGCUGGUCAGUGGACAUCACAGCACGGAGCUGAAACGCCACCAGCUGUUGUCCCUGGGCCAGCAACGCAUCCAGCUGCAGGAGGGCUGCCAGCUCGCCAUCCUGCCCCAGCAGCUCUUCCAGCAGAGCCCCAGCAGGGUGCUGGUGACUGGUGUGGCCGGCAUCGGGAAAACAGCACUGCUGCAGAAACUGGUGUACGACUGGGCAGGCGGUCAGUGUCUCCACAACUUCCAGGUUGUCCUGCAGCUGGCGUUCAGGGACCUGAACCUAAUCGACCAACCAGUGAGCUUCAGGAACCUGGUUCUCAGGAAGAACGGCCAUUUGGCCAAGUUGCUGGAUCUGGUCUUUGAGGAAGCACAGAAGCUGCUGGUCGUCCUGGAUGGCUUCGACGAGUUUAAGUUCUGCUCCAUUGUGGAUGGGGAUCGUUACGUCAUGGACCCAGAUGAAGAGGCUCAGCUACCUGACAUCAUCAACAGCCUACUGCGGGGGGAGCUGCUCCCUGAGGCAUCUGUGCUCCUCACCACCCGUCCCACCGCCGUCACCUACAUCCCUGUGGAGACAAUUGACCGCUUCGUGGUCAUCACUGGGUUUUCGGAAAAGGAGAUCAGGAAUUUCUUCCUGAAAUAUUACCGGGAUGAGGGUCUCAGCAGCAGGGUCUUUCAGCUGGUAAAGGAAAACCAUUUCCUCUUCACCCUGUGUUUCAUCCCUGCCUUCUGUUACAUUGUGUGCAGCGUGUUGAAGGAGCAGGGGGCAACGGGUCACAACCAACCCAAGACAAUGACUGACAUUUACAGCCGCUACCUCACCAUGCUGCUGAAACAUCACGCCCGCCCCCAGCCACAGGGACCAGGGGCUCUCACUCAGAUGCUACACAACCUGUGCAGGCUGGCGUACAGCAAACUACUUCAGCAUGACACCCUCUUCUGCCAGCACGACCUGCAGGCUCACCACAUCCAGCUCAAUACCUUCGUCAACAGUUUUCUGGACAGAACCUGUGUUCAGGAGCCCGACUGUGUGGAGGGCAUCUUCUCCUUUGCACACUUCACCAUCCAGGAGUUCCUGGCAGCUCUUCACUAUGUGUUGGAACCCCAACCUUUCCCGGACGUCCUGGACAUGGACACCUGCAGGAUGGACUUGGGAUACUUGGAUAUCUUCCACCGGUUUGUCUCAGGCUUGUUGUCAGAGAGAAACCAAAGCUUGCUAUCCAAGCACCUGGAGCUGGGGAACGUCACCAAACUGGAGGACUACCACAUGUGGCUGCUGGAAGGAAUCACAGAGAGCUGUGAAAAAGGGUCCAGCAUUUUGAAUCUACUCCAUUGUUUGUUUGAACAGCAAAACCACUCGCUAGCAGAGAGGAUAACCCCCAGAAGUCUCCACAUUCACGUGGGGGACAACGUACUUUGCCCGGUGGAUCUGAGUGUGCUGCAGUACUUCCUGGACCUGCAGAUUGGAGAUGUGGUGGAACUGGAUGUGACUGCCACCAAUAUCAGUGGUGAGGGGCUGAGGACCCUCCAACCCUACCUGCAGCAGUGUGAGAGCCUGUGGUGUGGGGAGAACAAAUUGGACUCGGAAGCGAUUAGCUGCUUGUGUGAGCUGCUGAAGUCCCGAAACUACAGGCUGAAACUCCUAGGCCUGGGCUGGACGGACAUUGGUAACGAGGAGCUGAUGGAACUGUGCAGCGCACUGAAGGAGAACAGAACUCUCCAGGAACUGUGGAUCGAGGGCUGCAGUGCCGACUACGAUGGGAUCUUGGACUUUGCCUCCGUUUCAUCCACCAACUCCACCUUGAAGAAAGUGGUGUUCAUUGGCCACAGCCUGGAGGAGGGUGACACGGAGAGGCUGAAGCAGGAGCUGAGCCCGGCUGCCUUGGGGCUGAUCGUGGCCGGAUUCUGCGAUGACCGCCAGCUGUGGCAGGGCUGGUGUGACUGGGUCCGCCAGCGGUGCUACACGUGCACCGACGACAAGCUCCUCCACUUCCUGCACAAAAUCUUCCCCUGUCAUCGACCCAGCAGCAGGUUGUGGUGGGUGCAGCAGUGGUGCACGGCGCUGCAGGAACUGCUGCAGGAACGCAUCGACCGCUGCAGGCUGGCAGAAACACGCAGGAAGCUGCAGAAACUGCAGGGAACCAUCAGCCUGCACUGCUGAGGGUGGGGGCUCGGACCCCGGGCACUGUCCCCCUCCCCGUCCCUGUCCCCACCCACGCCUGUGCAGACUGCACCAACCCCUGUCCUUGCCCAACACCCUGAACACUUCACCCCACUGAUGGGCGGGAUGGCAGAAAGGGGC